GCCCCGGCCCCGGCCCGGCACCAUGAGCAGCGCCGCGGAGCCCCACAGCGACAGGAAGCUCCUGAAGCCGCUCAUGGAGAAGCGUCGUCGCGACCGCAUGAACCGCAGCCUCGAUCGGCUCCGGCUGCUGCUGCUGGCAGCCACCUGUGACGAGCGUCUCCGAAACCCCAAGGUGGAGAAGGCCGAAAUCCUGCAGAAAACGGUGCAGUUCCUGCGGGCACAGCCCCUCUCAGAGCCCUCGCGGACAGAGGAGCUGUUCCUGCGGCGCUACCGCAGCGGUUACCGGGAGUGCUUGGCUCGCGCCGCUCGUUUCCUGCAGGCCGUUCCAGUGGAGCCUCCGUGUCCGGGUCUGGGUCCCGUACCCGUCUGUCCCCCACCGCUCAUCGCCGGCCCCACCGACACCCCCGGGCCCUCCGGCCGCCAUGGACUGCCUGCGCCGCGGGUGGGGCCCAGCUGCCCCAGUUACCACAGUUAUGGGCCUGGUUACGACAACUUUGGGCCUACUCCGGGGCCUAGUCUGGGGCCUACUCACAGGCCUAACUGUGGCCUUGGUUACCGCCCCGGUGACGGCCCCGGUUGCCCCGGUGACGGCGCCGGUUGCCCCGGCGAUGGCCCCUGUUGCCCUGAUGAUGGCCCUGGUUGCCCCGGCGACAGGUCCGGGUGUCCUGGUUACCACGGUUACGGGCCUGAUCUGAGGCCUGGUCUCAGGCCUACUUUCGGGCCUACUUUCAGGCCUAGUUUGGGGCCCAGCCUGGGCCCCCAGCAUGGCCCCAGUCGUGGCCCUGGUUGCGGCCCCAGCGGCCACGAGGACUCACAGCGGCGCUGCGCCAAGGAAGAGGCGCCGAGGGAGAGCGGGGGGCCGCUGGGGCCGCCCUGCCGCGUCUGGAGACCCUGGCCCUGAGCCAUGAGGGGCGGCUGCGCGUCCCCCC